GCCAAAGACUAUCGUUGUGCAGUGCGGCGCGCUAAGUAAGAAGGCUGUGGUGAUAGAUGUUUUUUAAAAGUUGAUGGCAGUAGUGAAAUUUGACAACAUAUUUCAACAUUAUGACAGUUCAUCCCAAUGUUUCGAGAAACUGUUUUUUCAGCUGACCAAUAGACACAAAACAAAAUUAAAUGGCAACACCUAACCUGUUCGGAGAAACUUCAGAUUGGAGAAAAAGUAUCCUGUCACAACUGCAAAACAGAAACAGACAAGAAUGUCAACCCUUUAAUGACCUCAUAGCCCUCCAUAAUCGCCUUUUUGAAAGUGCGGCAGCAUUACGAACUGAAAAUCGUGAAUUAUUCGUUGAAAAUGAGACCUUGCGGCGACAAUCUCUCGAAAGACUGCCGAGAAAUAGUUUGUCUGAUGGAAAACCCAAUGACAGAGUGCAGGCCCUGGAACAAAAGCUGCUCAUGCAGCAAGAGGAACUUACAGAACUACACCGUCGAAAGGGGGAAAACGCGCAACAGAUAAUAGAUCUAAACAAGAAACUCCAGGAGAAGGAGAAACAGCUCAAUGCCUUAGAAAUCAGCUUAAAAGACAGCUUAACUGUAAGUAGCACACUGCGUUUAGAUACACAGUUAUAUCAAAACAAAAUAAAGGAGUUGGAAAAUUUGCUGCAAUUAUUGCGAGAUGAACAUCAAGCUUUGCAGCUUACUUGUGCAUCCCUGGAAGAGAAGCUCCGAAAGACGCAGGAGGAGAACAAUACCCUUGUUGAAAGACUUAUUAGGUAUAAAUCAAAAGACGCAGAGAAAAUGAAUGAAGAAAAUGAGAAUUUUGUCAGUGCACGUGCCAUUAGCCCAACUGCCUUUCUGAUACAAUCUCUCAAAUUCUUUGGGAAAAGACAAGCUAAACUGCAGAAAGAAUUAGAGGAAGCAGCAAAAGACACAAGGCCAACUUCCCCUGAUAAACUUGGAGAGGGAGCUGCAACAGUUUUAGAAAAUACCUUGCCAACAAAACUAUCUACUAAAAUAGAUUCUCAUGAAGGAGAGGUCCAUGCAGUAAAAUGGAGUCCUGUUGACAGAAUUGUUGCAACCGGUGGAGCAGACCGCAAAGUAAAGCUCUGGGAUGUAUCCAAAGGCUCAUCAACUGUUCGAGAACAGGAGUUAUAAUAUCUGUUCACUUUCAUCGCACAUAUACAUGUCUGGUCAUCUGUGGGUCUAAGUUUUUGCAUAUAAUUUUUCCUAUAGAAUGGGAAAUUAAUUUUACUAUAUGUGGGAUGUGGAGAAAGGAUUCAUGUGCCAGAAGUUUGACUGAUAUUGAAUAUCACAUUUAUUAAUAUAAAUUUUGUAUGUUCGGUUAUUGGUUAUCAGGUAAUUUGUAAGCAUAUACUCUUUUUGCAAAAAGAAAUGACAAUGCUGAGGAGAACUUUUUUUUACUACUUAUUUAUUUAUUUAUUUGUUUCUAAUUUACAAAGCUUGAGAGACUUAAAAGCUGAGCACUUUCCUCUCGGCAGAUACAUGACAUAAAAAUUAUAUCACUCACGCUAUAAUUAGGCUGCUUAGUGUAUUUAACAUGUUCAAUGUCCUCUUGUGUGUAAAUAAAGCAAAGUUAUUUUCUUAAUUGAAAUGUGGUAUUAGUUAUGUUUAUAAAAAAUACUGUUUGUUUAUGAACUUUGUUGUUGGGCUGUUUGGGUAAAUGUGUGUGAUGUUACUGUGCUUUUGCCUUUCUGUGUUUAUGUGGUAGUGGGAAUAUACUACUGGAACAUUAUGAAUCAAAUGGAAAGCAUUUCAUGACAUGUCUCUUCAAUUGGAAGUUUGGUGAUUUGUCUCAAAAUUGUCUUUGUCUUCCAUAUAUGCAGUCAGACUUCAGAAUGCAAUCACUCCAGUUGUGAAAAUAAUUAUUUUCUAUUGUUGUAAGUAUUUUUUUAAAUUUUAGUAAUACACAUACUAAUGGAGUUCCUGUGUCAACUAACUGUGUUCGUGUAUUUCAUAAAAAAACUAAAAAGUUUCAGUGACAAAGAAAACAUAUUUUUGUACCAGCUAUGAAUAUUUUUAAGAAUAAAGCUUUUAUGGCAAUUUAGAAUUGUAAUAGUAAUUUAUAUGAGUGUUUCCUGUGGCACUUUUCAACUAUGAAGUAUUGCGUAAUUAUUAUAUUGUAAAUAGAUUUCCUAGAUGUUUGUAAUGUGGUUGUCAAAAUUAAUUAUAAGUAAUAAUUUCCCACAGGUGUAAUUCCUGCAUAUAAUAUGAUUAUAUUUUGGAAUAUGCAUUAUUGAGUCAUUUUAUUUCAAACAUAUUGAAUUCAUUAUUGCUAAAAAUUGUAAUGUUCUGUACCAUCCGGAACAAAAAAUUAUGUUACUUUUAAUUUCUCCAUUACUCCAAAGUAAUUAUUUUUUAAACAAAUUUCAUACUAUUGUUAUGUAAUAGAGGUGAAAGUGAACAGAUUAUUUUAUUUGUGUGGGCCAUUUAUUGUUCUAACAACUGUUACUCGACCGGUAAUUGUGAGCCUGAAAUGUGUAGUCAUUGAAAAAAUUCUGUUCAUUUCAGUCAAGAGUUAAAAAUAUUUUUGUCAAAAUAGAAAUGGAAUUCUGGCUAAAAUGUAAAGUAAAUUCUGUCACAAACUGC